AUGAGCUUAUAGCGCGCAAAAAGAAAUGCUACUAAAUUGACAUAUAGUGUUGAGGAAGAGAAUGAAUCUGAUUCAUCAUCUAAGUAGAUAAAGAAGAAAUAGAAGAAAAAUAACAAAGUGGCAAUAGUAGAAUGUAAGAAGAAAGUGAAAGUUUAACCAUUAUUACGUUUUAAUCCAAUUGCAUGGUCAAGAUUACUGAAUGUUGGAAAAUUACUUGGAUAGAUAGAUAGUUAAGGAAUUUUGAAUAAUGAUGAGUUUGUUAUUACAAAUAUUUUAAAUGAUGUAGGAUAAUCAAAUGUUUAUAAAGAAUGGUUUGAUGGAGAGUAUAAAUUUGUAUAAGAUGAGAAAUCUAAAUUGAUGAAGGUAUAAAAUGUGUAUAGAUGAUAGCCAUUGGAGUUUAAGAGUAAUUUGCAUUAUUUACAUUAAUUUGAGAAGCGCAUAUAAAAUAGACAUUAUUGGAAUAAUGAAACAGUUUGGAAGGAUUUACGUAAGUUAUUUGGAAACACUUAUUUGAGAUGUGGGAAUGUGUAGGAUUAUAAUUAUUUGAGUAAAGUAUGGUUAGAUGGGAAAGUAAAGAUUAAGCCAAAUAUGGAUGUAUUUAAUAGUUAAAUAGAAGCUGAUGUAAGGAGUCUUAUGGAGAUAGACAAAGAAUAUAAAGUAUAGACAACUAAAUGGCCAGUAAUUCCAGAUAAGAAAGAUAUUAGAUCAUAUUAGGAGAUAUACAAUUAUGAACCGAAUCCAAAUUAAUAACCUUAUAUAGAGUAAAUUAGAGAGAAAUUAUCAACUUCUAAAAGACCUGUUAAAUGUUAUAAAGAUUGUGUUUGUUUUGAUUUAAGUAAAAUGGGAACAUUUUCAUAUGUCAAUAUUACUUGGGAUUCAGAAUGUCCUAAUAGAAAGAAUAGAGUUGAAUGUUUAGAACAUGAAGGAACUGAUAAACCAUGUAUGAAUAUGUCUAUCUAAUUAAAAUAGCAUUAAAUUAAUAAAAUGAAAUAAGAAGAAAAUGCUGAUGUUGAAGUAAUACAUAUUUUUAUUUAAUUAGGAAACACCUUGUUGGGGUAUUGAUGCUUAUACAAGAAAAGUUAUUAUUAAUAUUCUACCAUUAAAUUAUGAUGAAACAUAAAAAAAUAAAUUUAUGGAAAAAUUACUCUUAGCUAUCAAUAGGCCAUCUGAUAAAGAAAAUGCUUAUGAUAUGAGAUCUGCAUGUGAUUUCAUUAUUAAAGAAUCUAAACUUAUGUCUAGUCAUUAUAAUAAAGAUGAUAGAAAAAUGGCUAAACAAAUUUCAAAAGUUAUUUAAUAUGAUCCUGAGGGAUUUAGAAUACAUACUAAAGGAUUUGGAUUAGUUUGUGUUAAUAAAGAAGGAAUCAAAAAUAAUUCAUUGAUUAUUCCAUAUCUAGGUGAAAUCUAUUAACCAUGGAGAUGGUAUGAAAAAUAAGAUUUCAUUAAAAAAUAAAUGAAAGAACAUAAUCAAAAAGAUAUUCUACCUGAUUUUUAUAAUAUCAUGUUAGAUAUUCAUAGAGAUGAUGCAAAAGGAAUUGAUUUCUUAUUUGUAGAUCCUAUCAAUAAAGGAAAUUAUUCAUCCCGAUUAAGUCAUUCCUGUAAUCCUAAUUGUGGAACUGUUACAACUGUAAGUAAUGGUACAUAUGUUAUUGGAAUGUAUGCAAUGAGAGAAAUUCAAUAUGGAGAGGAACUUACAUUUGAUUAUUGUUCAUUCACUGAAAGUAAGUAGGAAUAAUUAUAAGCAUUAUGUCUAUGUGGGAGUGAGAAAUGCAAAAUGUAGAUUUAUAAUUAAUUUUAGUUAUUAUUUACAAUUAUCAAAUUGUAAGGAAUACAAUGGUAUAUUAGAUAAGGAACAUUGUUUUUUAACUCGAAAUGCUAUAUUAUUAAAAUCUUGUAGUGAUAAUAUUGAUAAAUCAAGUGAAGAUUCUGAGUUAUAUAGUAAAUAUAGAAUAGGAUCAAGUGUUUUGAAUGAUUGUCCAUUAUGGUUAAAGAAUUGGGUUGGUUAUAUAUUGAAAUUCAUAGAUUAAGAGUAUAAUUAUUCUAAUAAUAUAUAAUUAGACGUUAAACAUAUAAGAGUGAGUUGAAUUUGAAAUAUGAGUAAACAGCAGAAGUAGAGUAAUGGAACUAAUUUACUGCAACUCAACAUUCAGAAGAUAGAAUUUAGAAUUUGAUAUUCACUCUAGAUAAGAUUAAGUUUUAUUUAAAUAACAGUGAUAGUAGUGAGCCACCAAUUUCUAUAAUAGAAGAUAACGAUUUAUUAGAUAGUUUUUGGAAAGAUUAUUCAUCAUCAUCAUCAUCAAGUGAAUCUUCAUUUUUUAAUGAAUUGUAUUAAUUAUUUUAAAAGCAUAAUUAAAAGAAGUUGAUUGAAUUAAUGCACAUAAUUUACAAAAAGAAAUAGCAAUUAAAUGAUUACAAAGAAAAUAUACAUAAUAUUCAUAGAUAAGAACUUUUGUUGACAAGAAUGUUAUUUUUGACAAUGUCACACAUAUUAAUGUAAUAAUAAUAUACAUUUCAUCAUGAAGCUUUGUCGUUGAUACUCUAUAUGAUGGCAUUUACAUAUACAUAUUUUAAACCAUUUGAAUAUGUUGGUUUUUCAUCUCCUCCAAUAGAAGAUUUGGAAUGGAGAAAGGUUGGUGCAUUUAAAAAGAAAUGUAAAAGUGAAGGAAGAGCAUAUUCAUCAUAAUUUGUAUGGGGUUAAUUAAUUGGAUGGUUCAAAUAGACUGUAGCAGCACCUUAAGCUUCCUUAUCUUAAGAUAGAAGAGGUACCUUAUCAUAUCCAGCUAUUUCAUCUUUUGAUAAAGCUGGAGAUAAGGCUUAUCCAUUUUAAUAAUCUAAGACUUAAAGUAGUCGUUCCUAUUUUAUUUAACAUUUAUUGGAUAAACCUAGUUAUAUGUGGCCUCCUGAAACUGCCAGUUGGAGUUAUAAAAAUACGUACAAAAUUUAUGGCACCAUUUUAUUUGAAUAAUUUUAUUCAACUGAAUUAGAAGAAGAUUUUCUUGAUGAAGUUUUAGCUAGUCACACCAAAGAUUAUGAUUUUAAAUUUUAGCUUUUUGUUAAAUAUGAAUCCAAAAAGUUUAAACAUUCAUCAGAACUCUUUGAUAAAUUUAAAGAAAUUCUUAAACCUUAUAUUGGAGAAUAUUAGUUAAAUUAUAAAGAUGUGAUUGUAGCUCCAUAAAGAUAUAGAAGAUGUAAAUUUGAAAAUAAUUCUAAAAGAGAGGCUUACAUAGAAAGCUUGAGAGCAGAUGGUAAAUCUGAAGAAGCAGAUCUUAUCUAAAAAUUUCCAUUUAUAAGUUAUGCAAUAUGA